AUUACUAUAUCUGCCCCAAAAAAUAUAUAUGUUAGGUAAUUAAAUAAACUUUAUAUAUAUAAAGCGUGAGAGAGAAGUAGAGAGAAACAUAUUGAGCUGAGGGAGAGAGAGCACAGUAUAAUAGUCCAUUAUGGGUAGCUUAGAAGAGGAGAUUUUGCUACAAAUGGUUAACGACUUCAUAGAAUUAGGAUCCUCCCCGACAAGGGAUACAAAUACAACCACGACAGUUACUCCUGACCACCAUGAUCAUACUAAAUGUUAUAUUUUACAGGAGAUAGUGGAGAGCAGGAAUGGCGUUGAGAGUAGAGUUGUGGAGAGUGUUUUGAAGCACAUGAGAGACAAAAUGGAGUGUGAUGAUGAGAAAUCAUGCGGCUUGAAGAAAUGGCUAGUCAAACGUUUGAGAAUGGAUGGUUUCAGUGCUUCCUUGUGCCACUCUUCAUGGCCUACAACUUUGAGUUGCCCCGGUGGCGCUUAUGAGUAUAUUGAAGUUGUGGUUGAGGCAAAGCAGAGGGUGAUAAUAGACAUAGAUUUCAAGUCCCAAUUUGAAGUAGCGAGGCCUACAGCUUCAUACAAGAGGCUACUAAACAUACUUCCCCAGAUUUUUGUUGGAGAAGAAGACAAACUACGUCGGACACUCUCAAUUCUUUGCUCAGAAGCAAAGUGCUCUCUCACACAAAAUGGUCUGCACAUUCCACCAUGGAGGACUGCCACUUACAUGCACUCCAAAUGGCUCUCUUCUACGGAUAGGGAUACUCCGCAAGUAAUGCUGAAGCUCACCCAUGUUGCCUCUGCCUUGUCGUCUGCACAAUUAAUUUCACCCAUCACCACACAAAGCUGCUGCUAAUAACUGCUUUUCUUUUUCCUUUUUAAGAGCGCCACUGCAUACGCCAACAUACAUAUGAGUUUCAACUUCUGAGCUCAUGCUAAUAAUAUUUUUUUUUUUUUAUGAAAAAUUUUUGUCACUCUAGUUGUGAAGCAAUUUUGAUCUUUCUUUUCUAAA